UGUGUGUGAAUGUUUUUUCCCAUUUGCAAGGGAAUUCCAGUGCCGUUUUGUGCGUGUAAUUUAUACAGAAACGUAUGACUCAUAUCUGCCGAAGUGCUAACAUUCAAUUGCAUGCACAAAUGUGUAUGUAAAUUUCGCGAUACGAUAAUUUAAACAGUCUAUACUUUCAUUAUAAACAUGUAAUACAUGUCAUGUAUAUACACUUGCAUUGUCAAGUCCCGUUAUCGGCGGAAUUUCACAAUCUGAGCCGGGUGUUGCGCAUUUUGAUCGCUCACAUAUCGUUUUUGUGGGCAUCAUUCAACUGGUUGUAUCAGUGCAGUGAAUGACUGGAAACAACACCAAAUCCGAUGAGAUGACUUUUAAUCCAAAUCUCGUUUCUUGCUAUCAGUUUGGUUGUUUAGUUUUGAUGUGGUUUAUUUGUCCAUUCGCUUGCAAAAUAGAUUCCAGUUUUCGGGUCUAGACAUGAGAAAUUUGGAUCGACUCUGGAUCUGUGAUUGGUGCAUGCCGCAUGCAGCACCAUUGUCACCGAUCGAAAUAAAUUGAUGAAAGAAACGUGUUUGUGAGCGGUUUUGUACGAUAUUGACCUAUUCCACCCAUGACAAUGACUUUCCAUCGACAAAGUUAAUUAAAAAGUUUUCAAUGCUAUGCACUCGAGAAGAAAUACCAUUUGAAAUCAGGGAAAAUAUUUAAAAUAUACACAUCAACACUAGAAUAGAGACAUUUUUAGCAAUUGUUUCGCUAUUUUUGAGCAUCAAAUAUACUUUCGAGGGGCUUAUGCAAGGAACGAAUUACUAUUGAAAACUGGAAUUCAGUUUUUUUCGGUACUUUCACUAUACUAUUACACUAGAGGAAGUACUGAAAAAAAUACAUUUGCCGAAAUAUUUAAUGCAUUUACGCCAUCUGUAUCCGAUGCAAUAAAAUGUUUGAUAGAUUGGUUUUGUGGAUUAUCAGUUGUUUUCAGUACUUUCAGUCAAUUCAGUAAUAAUUCGUCUUUUAGGCUUAUGUGUCAUGCGAGUCCCAUGAGUCAAUACGAAAAAUGUAGGCAACUGUGCGAUUCUUCCAUAUGAGUUUGCGGGUCACUGUUUCUUCGGGAAAAAAUUUGACUGACUCGCGUAGAUUCGUAGAUUCGUAUGUUCCGUGGUAGGAUUCGGGAGUCAGUUUGUGUGAAUUUGUACGAGUCAGUACUGACUUGCAAUGACAAAUAAGUCCCUCGCAUAUUGUGUCCUACCAGCCAGCGAUCAUUUGAUGAUAGCGUGAGCUGAGACCGUUCGAUUCCAAACACAAAUCAGAAUGCGUAGCCACAACAACAAAAGGCAACAAAUCAAAACAACUACACACAAAAAAGCGGCAACAGCAACAAAAAUAAUACAAGGAAUGUGUUGUGCUGUGCACGCUCUCUCGUAUUUGGAGCAACAAGUAUAACGAAUCCGAGAAGUUAGAUAAAAACCGAAGUGGCCGUUUAUUUAUGGCAACGCAUGAUUCUCGUUUUCAACUCGAAUCUCUCUGUUUUGCUCGUCUCAUUCCGCAUAUACACCGAAACAUGCCCAUCGUCGUCGUCGUCGUCGUCGUCGUCGUCGUCGUCUUCGUCGUGUUCGGCCGAUUGUUUUUUUUUGUUUUAUUUCUGUUACCAAUCGUCGUCGUCCGUGGCCGUUGUUGUUGUCGAUCCAAUAUAUUUACAACUCCUUUGCGUUCGUUCGUUCAUUUUCGCUCUGUCUCUCUUUCUCUCUGUUUUCGUUCAAUAUUCAGUUGACUUUAUUACUGAUGAACCAUCAUUUACAUAUAUGCGUUCCUGUUGCUCUUUUCGUAUGCGACGACGACGACGACGACUAUGACGACGGCGACACUGAAUCAAGCGAAUACACACAUGUUGUUGGACAGAGAAAGAGAGUGAGAAAGAGAGAGCGAGAAAGAGAGAGCGCGCGCUCGCUCGCUGCACACUAUGAACAUUCAACUGUUUGUUUGGUUAUUUGGUUAUUUUUCGUUCAUCGUCGAAUCCGCAGCUAAACCAUUAUCAGACGAGACAUUUUUCACGCAUUUCAUUUCAUUUCGCACUUUAGUCAGAUUUCUCGGACAAUAUGAAUGAUCGUGUUUUAUUCCGUGCAAUUAUUAUUAAUAUCACAACAUUUGGUCAAAGUUUUCGCCUAGUGCGCGUGUCAACUGAAUGAAAUUCGUCAAGUAUUGAGUUUGGAUUGUUUUUUUCGUUUCGUUUCGAUUUGAAUUGCGAUUCAAGAUUUGACACAACUAAACAAUCUCGAACAGGGCAGAGCGAGAAACAGCUUGAGCGGAAGAGUGAAGUAGAUCUCUCUGUUGGAAUACGCGUAGUUUUGUCUUUGGUUUAAUUUUGUGUUCAUGUGUGUGCAUGUGCUUUUUGUGAUUCCAACAAAAUGCAGCAAAAUCCAAAUAAACAAACGAGUUGAUAAAAAGUGACACAUAGAUAUACCAUAUAUCUAAAAAAAAUAUACACAUAGAUCGAGAUAGAUUGCUGCUGAAAGAAGAGAAAAAGACCAAACACGCACAACAAAUUCAAUAAAACAACGCAACGUGACUUAGGCAUCGUAGUUUAUUGGUCGCAAAAUAAACAGAGGACGUUGUUGCAGUAAACGCACUCACACACACACACACACACACACACACGCAUACACAUAUAUUCCCGCAGUCGCAAAACAUUCGCCAACACGAAAAAAAAAAACAAAACAAAAACGAGAAAUAAAGAUGCAUACGUUCCAUCAUGAAGAUCAUUCAUUCAAUUCAAUGACGUCGGAGCAUGUGUAUCCAUUUGUCAUCGUUGUAAUUGUGGUGCUGACCAUCCUCGCCUUUUUCUUUGCUCUCAUUUACAGCAUCGCCAAAUGUAUACACAAGUCACUGAGAUAUCGCUAUCGAUUCGUGUCAUCACCCGUGGUAGUGACAACGACAACGAUUCCAACAGUUCCACAAUCAGCCGGGUAUCCUGCGCAAAGCACUAUCGUUCAAGGCUAUCCGAUGCCACAACCACAGCCAGGAUAUCCGCCACAGCCAGCGGGAAUGUAUCCAAAUCAACCUAUGCCACAGCCAUACCCCAUGCCUCCGAUUCAAGCUGACUACAAUCCACCGUCGUACGAUCAAGUUGUGCGUGGAGGUGAUGCGUAUCAGAAACAGGCACCAUACAAUCCAAACUAUUCUGGGCAGCAAUAAAGCUCUAUGGUCAACUUAAGUGCAUUAGUCUACCGUACCGAUCAAUAUGAAAUUACUAAUUUUAUAAAGAAAUAAAAAUUAUAUGUGAUCAUCAUAAGCAUAAAACAAGAUAAAGCAAAAAAGAAUAUUCGUUCCAGCAUUGAUACACAUAUGUAUGUGAAACAAAAAAUUAAAAUUGAAAUUGAUGUUUUGUAGUUGUUAUUCGACGGAAGAAAAAAAAAAUUUAUUCAACAAAAUCGAUGAAAAAAAAACUAUUGUGAAUAAGCUAGUGGCCUCCCGUACAAUAAGAAUUUUUUUUUUUGUGUUUGUAUCUCUCUUUCUCUGUUGAAACGGAUAGGAGUUUAUGGAGAGAAAAAAUUUGAUAAAUUGAUUUGUCAACAUCGAAUGAACAAAACUGAUUCAUGAUGAUGAAUGCGGUCACAACAAAAUAGAAAAAACACUCAAACAAAAAAAAAUAAA